CGUGAUCACGUGUGGUCAACUCAAUCCUAUUUACAUAUCUCAACUGAAGACAGAAACAGAAAACACAACUCUUUAUUAAUAUCGUACUCUACAAACUACAACUACUAAUUCAAAUUUAUUAUGAGCCGAAAGAGAGACAAACCCUACUUCUCGCGCCACGACCGCGUUCCCUUUCCAAAACGACGUCGUCCGCUGCCUCCUCAUCGUCAUCCAGCCGAAGACGACGAUGAACUGGACAAGCCGAUAAGUAAGCCGCAGCCGCCACCGGCAGUGGUGGUGAUGGGAUUGCCGUCGAAUUGCGCUGUUCUUGACCUGAAAUCAAGAUUCGAGAUUUACGGUGAAAUCUCUCGCAUACGCAUUGACCGUGAUGUAGGGUUUAUCAGUUUCCGUACUAAGGACGCCGGCGAAGCUGCUAUUGCUGCUUCUCUGGAUUCCUCCUUUGGCAUCACUGUUGAUUCCAAAAAGGUACAAGUGCUAUGGGCGACGGAUCCACUUGCGCAGUGGAAGGAAGGAGUUGAAGUAAGAGGUAACAAGGAUAGUGGGUCAUCCUCCAAACUGUUGCGAGCUGAGAUACCUUUAAGUAGACAUGGUAGAGGUAAUAAGCUUGCUUCAGCUAUUGUGAACCCAAGAAGUAGUAGUAGUGAGGCCGCUUCAUCUGUGUUAGACGUGCCUUUCAAAGGGAGGGAGAUUGUUGCUUAUGAUGAUAUCCUUUAGCACAUUUGGAAGGCUUCGAAAAAUAAUAUAGUAAUGGAAGAACCAAAAGGGAAAGAAGAAGAAGAAAGAAAACAGCUACAACAAGUGUGGAGUUGGGGAGCUGGAACAGAUGGGCAGUUGGGCACCGGAAAGCUUGAGGACGAGCUUCUUCCUCAGCCUCUUCACCUUCCUUUUCUUGGACCCAUCUCCGCCCUUUCCUGCGGCGGUGCUCACGUUAUUGCCUUGACUUCUUGUACGUUCUUCCCACUUUAACUGAAUCUCCGAUCUCUUUUUGCUGCUUAACUUUCGAAUUAGAUCACUUUUUCAGGUGGUCAAGUGUUGACAUGGGGCAGAGGCACAUCUGGUCAACUUGGCCAUGCAAAUAUGCUCUCUUGUUUACUUCCAAAGCCUCUAGAUUUCUUCCAUGGCUCUGUUAUUACCCAUGUCUCUGCUGGUUGGACCCAUUCUGGGUUUGUUUCAGACAGAGGUUAUGUUUUUACUUGUGGAGAUGGUUCAUUUGGUCAGCUUGGGCAUGCUGAUUAUACCUCCCAUGCUUCUCCUCUUCAAAUCUCGUACUUUGCUAAGAGGCAUGUUCAGCAGAUAGCAUGUGGCAUGCGCCAUUCACUUGUCCUGUUAAAUGAUUGUUCAGGAAAACAAGUGUAUGGUUUUGGUUCUACAAAGCGUGGUCAAUUGGGUAUCACCAAUAAUGAUAAACUGAAGUCUAUUAGUAUUCCUGAGCUUACGUGUGGAUUUGAAGACAUUGAAAUGAAUAGUAUUUAUGCAAAUGGAGAUCAUAGUGCUGCAUUAUCUGCUGAUGGUCAUCUGUACACUUGGGGAAGAGGUUUUCCUGGCACUCGUGAUGUUUUUAGUCCUCAGCGUUUGGUUUCAUCUUUGCAGUUCAUUAAAGUUGCACUUGGAUGGAAUCAUGCUCUAGCAUUAACUGUUGAUGGUGAAGUCUUUAUCCUUGGUGGUGAUCGUCACGGAGCACUCGGUGAUCUUGAGAAAAUAAGCCGCGCAAAGCAUUUAACUGAAUCAGCACAUGUCGUUUUGGUUAGAGUCUCAAGUCUUGACGGGGUGAAAGUUGUGGACAUCGCAGCAGGUUCUGAGCAUUCUGCUUUAUUAACAGUGGAUGGAGCAGUAAGGACGUGGGGAUGGGGUGAACACGGUCAACUUGGCUUGGGGAACACAAAAGACCAAACCAAUCCUCUAUCUGUCUGCUUAGGCUGCGAAGCUGAGAAGAAAGAUUUCGUCUUGAAAGUUUACUGCGGCAGUGGGUUUACCUUUGCUGUGAGGUCACUCUCUCCCUCUCAAAACUGACCGCAUCUCCAAAUAGGGGGAAUGGCCAAGUUUGAUAUAUAAAGUUAAUAGUAAAAUGGAGGAGCUCUACCAUUUCUUAGUGCUCGGAAAGAUAUUGGUUGCAAUCGAUUAGGUUGCAGACUACGGAAUAUACUAUGAAGAUUGGGGUUAAUCCACCAAAGAACCUUUUCAUUCUCUAGUUUGGAGGUCCUCGCCCAGUGCGGAAAACAGGCAGAGGUUGCAGUAGGGGAAAUCCAUAUCUCCCUCGCGCAGCUGAAUAGUCUUGCUGUACUAAGAAAUGCCCUGAAAACUCUGUUGGUAGACAAUGGUGAUAGCCAUUUUUGCUUGGGUGGAUUCAGGACGUAAAGCUGGUGACACAUAAUAACAAUAUUGUGCACAACAAACAGCUGCCUGAAGCAUUUGAGAGAUGAACUGAAAUUGGUAUUUACCUUUGCAAAAUCUUCAAUCUGUUUCUUGGCAACAAACGACUGAGUGAUGGAAUAAUGUUAAUGCACUGUCAAAGCUCAUUGUGGAACUAUAUGUGCUUGUAUCUAUGCAUAUUUUAUCAUCACUUAUUUGAUUGAAAUUACACCAAAUCUCAAUUAUUUUUACAAUAAAAAAUACUUAUAAUUCACCAUUUUA